UUCCGGGGGCGAGCGCGCACACGCGGUAAACAAGCAUGGACGCCUCAGCCAAGUGGACAAAUGUGGCGAAAAGUCCGAGUUUGAAGAACCUGACGGACGGAGGCUUCGGCGCCUUGAAGGAAAGUCAACAGAGCUCCAUUCAGGAUUUGGUGAAAGCUCACAUCGAGUCUUACGACCAGGCGAUGACGGAAGGACUCAGCCGCGUCGUGCAGGCGAUCCCACCUGUGGAGUUCAUGGUGAAAAAUGAGAAGAUCAGCCUGGCGUUCGUGGAGGUGGCCAUCCACCAGCCUGUGGUGGCCAAAGGCAGCGUCUGCAGGGAGUUGAGGGUGUUCCCGGCAGAGUGUCGGGGAAGAAGAUGCUCCUACAAAGGGAAGAUAGUGGCGGAUGUCACCUGGUCCAUCAACGGCGUUCCCAAAGGCAUCAUCAAGCAGUCUUUGGGUCAAGUGCCCGUCAUGGUGAAGUCCAAGCUGUGUAACUUACACGGCAUGUCACCCAAACAGCUAGUGGAACACCACGAGGAAGCAGAGGAAAUGGGAGGCUACUUCAUCGUGAAUGGAAUCGAGAAGGUCAUCCGCUUGCUGAUCAUGCCCAGGAGGAACUACCCCAUCGCCUUGUCGCGGCCCAAGUGGAAGAGCCGGGGCCAGGGAUACACCCAGUAUGGUAUGUCCAUGCGCUGCGUCAAGGAGGAACACUCGGCCAUCAACAUGAACCUGCACUACCUGGAGAACGGCACCGUGAUGGUCAACUUCAUCUACCAGAAGGAGCUCUUCUUCCUGCCGCUCGGCUUUGCGCUGAAGGCCUUGGCGGACUUCACUGACUUCCAGAUCUUCCAGGAGCUGAUCAAAGGCCGCGAGGACAACUCCUUCUACAAGAGCUGCGUCUCCGAGAUGCUGCGCAUGGUCUCGGAGAAGCACUGCACCACGCGCGGCAAGGUGCUGGCCUACCUGGGCGAGCGCUUCCGGGUCAAGAUGAACCUCCCCGAGUGGUACACCAACGAGGAGUGCGCCAACUACCUGCUGGACGAGUGCAUCUGCAUCCACCUGAAGUCCGGCCUGGAGAAGUUCUACAUGCUGUGUCUGAUGACCAGGAAGCUCUUCACCUUCGCCAAGCAGGAGUGCAUGGAGGAGAACCCCGACAGCAUCACCUGCCAGGAAGUGCUCACUCCCGGCCAUCUCUACCUCAUGUUCCUCAAAGAGAGGAUGCUUGCCUGGCUGGUGUCGGUCCAGUUGUCCUUCCAGAAGCGAGCGAGCCGCAUGAGCGGCGACUGGAGCGCUGAAAAGGUGAUGAAGAUGUUGAACUUGGGCACGGACCUCACCAAAGCCUUUGAAUACCUGCUGGCCACAGGGAACCUCAUCUCCAAGACAGGUCUGGGCAUGCUGCAGAACACGGGUCUCUGCGUGGUGGCCGACAAGCUCAACUUCAUCCGCUACCUCUCGCACUUCCGCUGCGUGCACAGAGGCGCCGCCUUCGCCAAGAUGAGGACCACCUCCGUCAGGAAGCUGCUGCCCGAGUCGUGGGGCUUCCUGUGCCCCGUCCACACCCCGGACGGGGAGCCGUGCGGCCUCAUGAACCACAUGACGGCCAGCUGCGAGAUCGUGGCGCAGUCGCUGUCCACCCUGACGCUGCCCGCCCUGCUGUGUUCCCUCGGUGUCACUCCAAUGGACGGCGUUCCCGGCCAGGCCUAUUCGGACUGCUACCCCGUGGUUCUGGACGGCGCCGUGGUGGGCUGGGUGGAGGCGGAGUUAGCCCCCGGCGUGGUGGAUUCACUGCGGACGUUCAAGGUGCUGAAGGAGAAGAAGGUCCAUCCCUGGACUGAGAUUGUUCUAAUUCCCAAAACCAACAAAGCCAGCUUGUACCCGGGUCUCUUCCUCUUCACCACGCCGUGCCGCAUGCUGCGGCCCGUCCACAACGUGACUCUGGGACAACCGGAGCUGAUUGGGACCUUCGAGCAGCUCUACAUCAACGUGGGCGUGUUGGAGGAGGAGGUGGAGCCGGGCGUGACCACCCACCAGGAGCUCUUCCCCCACAGCAUGCUGAGCGUGGUGGCCAACUUCAUCCCCUACUCGGACCACAACCAGAGUCCCAGGAACAUGUACCAGUGUCAGAUGGGUAAACAGACCAUGGGCUUCCCGCUGCACGCCUUCCUGGAGCGCUCCGACAACAAGCUGUACCGACUGCAGACCCCGCAGAGCCCCCUGGUGAGGCCCCACAUGUACGACCACUACAACCUGGACAACUACCCCAGCGGCACCAACGCCGUCGUGGCCGUCAUCUCCUACACGGGCUACGACAUGGAGGACGCCAUGAUCGUCAACAAGGCCUCGUGGGAGCGGGGCUUCGCUCACGGCUGCAUCUACAAGACCGACCUGGUGGACCUGGCCGACAAGGCGCGCGGCCAGGACGGCGUGGUGUUCGGGACUAAGCCGGGCGACCCCAAGGUGGGAGACAAACUGGACUCUGACGGACUCCCUGCGGUCGGUGCCACGCUGCGAUACGGCGACCCCUACUACAGCUACAUCAACCCCAACACCGGACAGUCCUUCGUCGCCUACUACAAGAGCCAGGAGGCGUGCGUGGUGGACAACAUCAAGGUGUGCAGCAACGACGCGGGCACGGGGCCCUUCAAGCGCGUGUGCAUCACGGUGCGCGUGCCCAGAAACCCGGUCAUCGGGGACAAGUUCGCCAGCCGCCACGGCCAAAAGGGCAUCCUGAGCCGCCUGUGGCCCCCCGAGGACAUGCCCUUUACCGAGAGCGGGAUGAGUCCCGACAUCCUCUUCAACCCCCACGGCUUCCCCUCGCGCAUGACCAUCGGGAUGCUCAUCGAGAGCAUGGCGGGCAAGUCGGGCGCGCUGCACGGCCUGAGUCACGACGCCACGCCCUUCACCUUCUCCGAGGAGAACUCGGCUUUGGAGUACUUUGGGCGGAUGCUGCGGGCGGGCGGCUACAACCACUACGGCACGGAGCGCCUCUACAGCGGCAUGAGCGGCCUGGAGCUGGAGGCGGACAUCUUCAUCGGCGUGGUCUACUACCAGCGGCUGCGUCACAUGGUGUCGGACAAGUUCCAGGUGCGGACCACGGGGGCGCGCGACAAGGUGACCAACCAGCCGGUGGGCGGGAGGAACAUCCAGGGCGGCAUCCGCUUCGGGGAGAUGGAGCGCGACGCCCUGCUGGCGCACGGCGCCUCCUUCCUGCUCCACGACCGCCUCUUCAACUGCUCCGACCGCUCGGUGGCGCAGGUGUGCGUGGACUGCGGCAGCUUGAUGUCGCCGCUGCUGGAGAAGCCGCCGCCCCACUGGUCGUCCACGCGCCACCGCAAGACCGCCUGCACGCUGUGCGGCAAAAGCGACUCCAUCGACUCGGUGUCGGUGCCGUACGUCUUCCGCUACUUUGUGGCCGAGCUCGCCGCCAUGAACAUCAAAGUCAAGCUGGACGUCAAGUGAACGCCGGUCACGUGACCCCGCACGGAUUUAUACCGGACACGUUGCCAUGGAGACGGCCGACUUUGGCCCAUGUGACUAGACAAAAACGUUUGACUGUGACAAGAAAACGUAAACAAUGUCUCUACGAGGGCGCGGGUGUUUGUAUCGUCAUGGCAACCUGCUUGUAAUUUAAUGUCUUUUGGAAUAAAUCUCCCAAUUUAUUAAAAAGCUGAUAAGACCA